AUGUCCCGUAUAGAGACCUUUACUCGCCUCUUAGCGAGGCGUAAGCUCCCUCUGCGGCAUCUCAGCGGAGUCCGAGCCAAAUCGCACGCUGCGCACGCCUUCGCUCGGGACGCAUCAGGAGACGCAGGUCCUUCGACCCCUUCACCCCGAUCUCUGUUCUCGGAUGUCCCGCUCAACCUCGGCCGGAGCGGGAAAGGCAAAGAGAGGGAACGGGUCAGUUAUCGGCCCGAAACGGCUGGCGUCUCAACGGAGCAACGAGCAUACUUUGCUGGCGAGGACGAGGGAGGGCUACCGGGAUGGGGGGACGGGACGGACGAAGCGAGUCUGGCGGGGUUAGAGCCUGGUCGUGUUGUCGAAUGUCGGCGAUCCGGAACAUUCUCCAUCGGUCUCCUUCUGGCCUCGGUGAUGUCCAACGGUCGAGCGCGCCUGAUCCUCCUGCGCCAAUCCGGCGAAAUAUGGCCUAUCGCCCCGAAGGACGUCCAAUUCGUCAUGCCCCAAUCGCUCAUCCCGCGCGGUCUGUACGAGCGGUGCUGGUCCCCCGACCUCCUCGAGGCGUGGGCUAAGGGCGAUGUCGGCGCAGCGCCCGAGGAAGCAGCCGAUGGGGAUAUGAUGGCUGCGCGGCGGGAGGCGGUGGUCAUUAUCCGGAAAGUCGGGAGGGAGACCGAACGGAUGGUCAAUCGUCUGAGCGGGUCUGGUGGGGGCGGCGUGGAUGCCGUCUGGGUAAAGAGGACCGAGGGGCUGAGCGAGGAAGAGAGGGGGAGGAUCACCGCUGCCGAAGCGGCGGAUAUCCUUCUUUCUACGGAUGGACCAGAAGGGCGGAGGACGAAACCCAAUACGCUACCGGCGUAUGCGGCACACCGGAUGCUCAUCGCCCGGUCAGACCUGUUUGUCGCGGACGACGGGGAGAUGUGGGACACGGGCGUCUUUCUCGUCCGGAGCCGGGCGGAACGGGCGCGCUUCCAGGCGGUCACGACGUGGGUGGACGGCGCAACCCCAGAGGACGCGGCGAUACUCCAGGCAUUCGUCGAUAAGGCUCGCGCAGCCCUCGCUCAGAUGCCAAACCAAACAUCCCCGGUAGAAUGGAGCGAGACGGACCGGGCCAUCAUCUCGAUGCUCUUCCUCCGGCUGUUCGAAACGCGUACGACUCAGCACUCUCCCUCGGACAGACUGAGCGUCGCUAUUCUCCGCGCCCUGGACCCUUAUCCCGGAGCCAUCGCCGACCAAAGGUGCAUCGCCCACCUUCUAACAGACCUCGGUUGUCUGCCGCCCUCCGACUCGCUCGAAACUUCCAAAGCGAUCGAAACGGAAUCUCGGUCCAUAUCCCUUGCGGGUCUCUCCCUGCCUACUCGCGUGGGCGGGGAUGACCUUUUCAACGGGACAGAGCUCGACUCGCUGCGGGAAGACUUUUCCAGUCAUACCGUCUGGGUUAUUGACGACAUCACCGCGCAAGAACUAGACGAUGGGAUCUCCAUCUCCCGCAUAGAGGGAUCAGAGGACGUAUGGGUCCACGUCCACAUCGCGGACCCUACGCGGAUCAUACCGCUGGACCACCCCAUGGCGGUCCGGGCGAGUUUUAGGGGGACAGCGCUAUACCUGCCCGAAGGGAACGUCCCGCUGAUAGACCUCGCAGGGGCCAAGGGGCUUAGUCUCGGCUCGGCGGGUGACGGGGAAGAGGAGGGGCGGGCAGUGAUGACAUUCUCUGCGCGUCUGGGGGCGGAUGGGCAGAUCAAGGAGAGUCUUGUUCGGCCCGGAUGGAUCAAGGAACCCCGGUUGACGACGUACGCGGAUGUCGACGCUGCAUUUGGUGUACCCACAUCCACUCCCGUCCGUCCCUUCGGCCUCGUCACAUCUAUCGAGGAAGCUUCACCUGCUCGGCGAGACCCAAUCAACCCGGCGGAAAUACCCCAGCUAGACCUUUUACGGAGUACAGCCGUCGCCCGCCGAGCCCAGCGCCUCCGGUCCAGCGGCCUCGACUUUGGCGCAUCGCUCGCCUCGUCGCGCCUCCUCAUCCGCUCUCCGCCCUACCACAACAUCUUCACUCCCUCUUCCCUCCCUUCUGUUUCCACCCCAUUCCCCUCCGCCCCCUUGAUCGACUAUACCCUCCCCGCCUCUCCCCCAUCCACGGCCAUAUCGGCCGCCGCGGCCGUCGCCGAGAUGAUGAUGCUCGCAGGUCGCGUCGCCGCAUCGUACUGCAUGAUUCACGGCGUUGCGGUCCCAUACCGCGGUGCCGUCGCCCCUUCAGAAUUACACAUCCCCGGUCGGCCCGAGGCGUCCAUGUCGAUCGAGGAACUUCUCGCUCAUCGUAAACCCGAUGCGAGUAUCGACCCUUUUAUUGUAUGGAAGUCCCGCGUCGCGUUCGCGCCAAGCACAGUGACGACCGAUCCGCGACCCCACUGGAAUAUGGGGUUCGUAGGAGAUGAACUCGGGUAUACGCGCGCUACCUCACCAUUGAGGCGGUACGACGACCUUCUCGUGCAUUGGCAGUUGAAGAGUCAUCUCGCCAUGCGGGCCGGAAUAGACUGGGGCCGAGUCCUCGACGAAGGAGAAAUGGGGGUACUGGCCAAGCGAGUCAAGGGCGCCCAGUUGAGGGGGAGACGGGCGGGUAUCGCCUCCGAGGCAUUCUGGCAAGCUGGGGUAUUUGCGGGGCAGCUCGCCAAGCCGCGGUAUGCCGAGAAGGAAGGGGAGGUGGAUCUGCGCGAGCCGGUCACAGGGAGAGUGGCGGGUCCGAGCAUAGGGAUGCGGGGCAAGAUGUCGACCCCGAUUCGGGUGGAAGGGCUGGGGGUGGUGGCGCGCCUCUUGAGUGAGGCGAGGGAGUUUGAGGUCGGCGAGGAGGUGCAAGUGAGGAUUGAAAUGGCGGUGCAGUGGCCACGGCCGAUCGUGGGGGCUGUACUUGCUUAG